AUGUGGAGGGUGCCUAGGGACGCCACACAAAGCCCUGAGUAUGUCAGGUUCCUUUGCAAAUGUCCCCCAUCUGAGGGAGAGAUCAGUAAGGCCUUGACAGCACAGUACCACUCCACCUACAGAUGUGACUUCAUGGGAAUGCCUCAAGGACAUGACCACAUUAAUAAUGCGGGAAGAAGACUUGUGCCUCUGCACAGCAGGCAUCUUGUGCCGCUCUCUACUGAGACAGAGAUGAGGGACAAUUAUCACCAGCUAAAGCAAAAACCUGACGUUGUGGGCAACCAGUCUCACUACAGCUGCACCAAUCGCAACGUGGCGGCGUGCUGUGGUAUAGUUCCAACUGUUGUGCAAAGGCAUGUCCACACCCAGCAGAAAGGAUCAGAUUUGACAACCUAUCAGAGGUUUUGUGGAAAGAGAGUCACUAAUGUCACAUCUGCAAUAAAGUCUCUGCUGCCGCAGGAGCUGCAGCAGUUACACAGUAUUUUACCUGAGGAAGAAAAGGAAGCUGUGAGAACAGUUUUGAGUAAAGCUGCUCAUCCAGACAAAGGAGAGAAUGAUACUGGGAGGAGGAUGAGAAACACCUCUGGGCCUGGAUGUCGGGGUGAGAUAGUUGCAGAUGACUUCUCAUCACAGAGACGAGUGAGCGAGGACAGUAAAGAGCAGCCUGAAUGGCUCAUGCGAGAGCUGCUGAAACAGAACAGGCGAAGACACUCUUUCACACUCGGAGAUAAGGCUCCGAUCAUGAGACGGCAACACCACAGUAUUGAUUCGAUUCGCAGACUCUGCAGCCUCAAGAUUGAUGAGACGAUAUCGCUCGACAACCUCCAGAAACUGAAAGAAGCAUUUGAGGACUUUGAAACGGGUGGCUUGAGAUGCAUCGAUGCAAAGAAUUUUGGACGGAUAGUGAAGAAGUGUUUGGGUUUGCCUAACACAGGUCAGUUCUGCACACACAUGCUGCAGGAGCACAAAGAGAAGGAGGAAAAUGCAAGACGCAGAAAGCAGGUGGCUUUUACUCUGCCUGCCGCUAUGAAGGCGUUGGGACAUGGCAUCCCCAUCAUCAACAUCCACUCCACCCAUGAUGGCACUAUCGUAACAGUGCGAGAAGAUGCUGCUGUUUGUUUCUGGAGUCCUGAGCUUAAACCCCAGAAGACCAAACACAUAUUUAAUGAAGGACCUGCUAAUAGGAAGUCAAAGUGGGCAAGUGACUUCACUCUGAUGGCAGAGUACAACAAGCUGAUGAUCGGAACAGGCGACAGAGAGAUCCAGCUUUAUGAGCUUUCCACUCUGGAGCCCUAUUGCCAGAUCAGUGCACUAGACACAGUUCCUCUGACAUUAAACUACGGCUACACUGGUCCUGAUAAAUGCUGUAUCUUGUAUGGAGACACAGAGGGAUGUGUGACUAUCAUUUUGAUAUCCUCAGCUGGAGAUACCCUCAGAUUAUGGAAUAAAUUACCAAAGGCUGAAAACAUACCCAGCAUAGCGAUCGACAACGCAGUGGUCUCUCCGAAUGUGACAUUUGUCAGAUGGAAGGUUCAUAAUGAUUGGGUGACACAGGCUAAAUAUUUUCAAAGUUUCCAAGCUGUUGUCUCCUCAUCAAAUGACGAAUCUUCUUCUCUUGUUAUAGGCUGUGUGCUGCCUUUAACGGACGCUGAGCAGCAGUUGAGUGAGAUCAGAGAGGCCUGUUAUGAAGGUAAGACCAAGAAGGUCCAACUGAGCUGGACUCCGCAGGUCCGGGCAUCAUGUGACCAGACAGUUUUCAGCAUUUACAAAGGCGUCAAGGCCUUUGAUCUUUGUGAGAAGCGCAGCUUGUUGGUCACUGGAGGCAUGGACAGACUCAUACGAAUGUGGAACCCGCAUUUUUCUGGAAAACCAACUGGUAUUUUGAAAGGCCACUCUGCUCCCAUCAUCUACCUCUGCAUCUCCUCAGAGGACAGUCAGAUCUUCUCUGUCUCCAUCGACAGCACUGUGAAAAUCUGGGAUCUUCAAGACCAGUGCUGCCUGUUUACAGCAGACCCCAAAGCGAGCGGGAUUCAUGGUGACAUAUCUGCAUGCUCAUAUUCGUCUGCUAUGAAAUCCCUUUUCAUUGCAGCAGACUGUAUGGCUGUGCUCUCCCUAAAGAUCAGGCCACAGUUUUGCAGUCGCCUCACUGUUUCACAUAAUGAGCCUGUAAUGUGCUGCGGAUACAGUGAGGAGUUUCGUCAAGUUGUCAGCUGCACUGAAGGAUCCGUGGUGAAAGUCUGGGAUUUUGACUCUGGGUGUCAGGUUUUUGAGUUUGGCGGCACACCUGAUCUGUCUGCCAUCACGUGCAUGGCGUUUGACCUCAGAGGGAGGAGACUCAUCACGGGCGGAAGAGAUGGAUGUUUGAAGAUCUGGAACUUCAACAAUGGUCAGUGCCUAAAGACACUAAAGAGGGACGGUGAAUGUCAUGAGGUGUGCGACUGCAUCUUUCUGAAAGUGCACAGGAACUGCUAUGUGAUGUCUGUCGGCCGUGACAGGAAGAUUGACAUUUACACAGACAUACCUGAGGACCUCCAUCAUGUCCAGAGGCCAAAGCCUUCGUGGCAGGAUGAUCUGAAAAACGGCCAUAAUGAGGACAUCCUUUGUGUGGCGCAGUGUCCUCCGACUCUCCUGGCUACCGGCAGUUAUGAUGGCGAGAUUAUAGUGUGGAACGUGGUUUCUGGACGUAUACAGUGUCGCUUUGUCAGUCCUCGUUCAGCUGAACACCCAAAUGUUGAAGGGACGGACACAAGUGUUCAGAGCAUCAUUUUCCUAAAGAACCUCCAGUUGCAGCAGUUUUCCUCAGCUACAGCUCUCCUGUCCUCUGGGACCACGGGUUGUAUAAAUAUCUGGAACAUGCUCAGUGGAGGAAAGUUUGUGAGCAGCUUCAAAGCUUCUAGGUUCCAACAAAAGAUUACAAAACUGGCUAAAACAGACAAGGACACACUGCUGUAUGCUGCCGACAAGAUUGGUUACAUCUAUGUUUACAACAUGAACAAGUUUGCCCUAGAGCCAAGAGGUUAGCCUCAUUCUUUUCUUGCCUUUGCUGAAAACUUCUGGCGCGCCCACACCAGCAGAGUUUCUGGCCUGCAGAUUGUUGACAAUGAUCAAGUGGUGCUUACCUCAUCCACAGACUACACUGUGCGCCUCUGGAGUACACGUGGAGAAUUCAUAGGGACCUUUGGGCAGUCCGAGAGCUGGAGCAUCCACAUCUCAUCUUCCUGGAUGCAUCCUGCUGUCCCCUAUGAGGUUCUGAUUCAUCCUCUGAGCAUGCCAGAUCAUGAAAUUUGGAACGUAAACACACACCUCUCUGAUGCAGUCAAUCCUGACGAGACUGAGGCUGACAGCGGGGAGCUAAAGGUGAGCCGGAUUGUUUCACAAAUGAUUAUCUGA